AUGGAGUCCAAAACUUUAAGCAAAUAUCGCAACGUUUUUGCUACAGCGCCGCUUCGAACUUUAUAUACUCAAGUUAGAAUUGAUGCAACAGCCCCUACAAAGAUAAAGGCCAGCGAACGGUAUUUCGCUAUUCCCUUUGGUGCCCCAGGAUCCAAUGGCCACGUCGGGGUGCUUCCAAUGCCCGGUUCGAACCCAAUAACGACAAAGAUCGAAACCCAUCCUCACAUCUUGCUUGCACACAACAAGCCUAUUUCGGACUUUGAAUUCAGCCCACUGUCGCCCAAUAUUCUGCUUACCUCGACACGAAAUGAUGGUCUAGUCAGGAUAUGGCAGCUGCCAGAGACUCCAGAUGACAAACUGCCAGUUGAACGAGUUGAAAUAACCACACCAACAAUGAUUUUAGCUGGACAUGAAAAAAAGGUUGACCUGAUCAAAUUCCAUCCCUCAUGUGGAAACAUAGUCUCCACAGUAUCGGCCGAUUCCACAAUCCGACUAUGGGAGAUUAUGAGUAUGACGUGUAGAAUAACCUGCAACGUCCCGGCUUCUCCGACUUCUCUGUCAUGGAAUUAUCAGGGAGAUGAAUUUGUCGCUAUGGAUUCAAUCGCUGGAGUACAUCUCUUUGAUCCAAGAGACGGGACAGCUCCUGUCCACUCUUUAGCAUCGGGUCUGAAAGGAAACAGCAGCAAGGUCGUUUGGUUGACACCAGAUCCAUUAAUUGUAACAGCUGGAUUUACAAAAUCUGGGAACCAGCGUCAAUUGCUAUUAUGGGACGUACGCUCUUUCGAGACUCCAGUCAUGACUCUCGAUGUGCCGGGUGCCGGUGUUUCUGGAGUUACACCGUUUUGGGAUCCUGCCCUCCCGCUGCUGUAUUUGACUGCCAAAGGGGAAAGUAUUCGAAUUGUAGAACUCUUUGAAGGAAGUUUGAGACUCUCCGCCGCAGAUUGUAAGAUAGAAAGACCUCUCACAGCUAUCGACAUGCUACAGAAGGGAAUGUGCACACCAUUAAAAUGUGAAAUCGCUCGAUUUGUCCGUCUGGGAGCCGACAAUACUAUCGAAAUCACAGCAUUGAAUGUACCACGAGUUGAUGGCGAAUCAGUUAUUCAACAAGACUUGUAUCCCCCCAUCGCCAUGGUAGAUCCGUCACAUACAGCACAAGCCUGGUUUGAUUCAAAAUUGUCGUUGGAACCGCUGAUGGCGGAAGCGUUCCAAACCGUUGCUCCCAUAUCAGAAACCUUGCCCGUAAAGCGAUCAGCAACGCUAAGACGAGCUGGAACAAUGUCUCGUAAAGCAAAGAAAGGUGGCACAAGAUCUUCACAAGAUGGACCCUCGUCUCUAGAUUGUCUGACUGAGGAUGAAGACAGAGAUGACGGACGAGAAGAUUUAGACGGUCAUGUUAAGAUUGACCAUCGAGGAUGGUUUGGGAAGCUCUUGCUCUUCGAGGAUGCUGAUGCUGACUCCCCUAUUGCAUUGUUCCACGUAUCCAAGAAUCUCAGUGCUCUGUCUCAGCUCUCCUUCACAAGCAACGGACCAAAGAUUGGUUUGUCGCUCGUACUUGACAAUCGCACGUAUCGUUUCCAAUUUGCCAAUGAGGGCGAAGCAAGUUUGUGGUAUAAGGUUUUAGAUGCAAUAAUUCGACCAUCACCUCCUCAAAUCGAACGAAAGACUCAUUCUCGACAAACGUCAAGAAAUCAAAAUAGUUUGGAAAUACCUCGAACAUCCAUUUCCGAUCGGCCAUUAUCUAUAGCAGGAAGGUCGUCAACGGGCUCUAACGGGUCUCUAAAACACCUGGUUAUGGGAAGCCGAACCGGCAUUCUUAUGAUGGGAGAAUUACUGGUCUUCUCCGAAACCGACAACCAAUCAAAGAGUAAAUGGAAUCCUCGUGUUGUCGAGCUGGAUCAGGAUGCAUUAUUAAACAUUUACACUGACAUGAAGCACUACACUUCCAACAGUAUUCCCAUCCAAUCUAUAAAUCUCGGUGCAGCUAUAUCAAUUCGAUUGACCAAGUACCCUUUACCUUCAAGAAACAACACAUUUGCAGCACCCGUCACAUGGCAGGUCAAUACCAAGAAACGGGUCAUCUUCUUCAGUGCUUUGAAUAACGUUGAAGAGGCGCUAGCAUCCUGGGAUGCUGCUAAGUGGGUUUUGGAGACAAGAAAAGCUCUCUUAACGAAGUCGAUCUUCCCAGCUGCCGAAUUAGUCGCCGAAGACGUCAGCAUUGAGGGAUUCGCAGAGUUUACCACUUCUCUAGGCGAAAUGAUGAUUUAUGGACGGAUUUUCCUGUCUGUCGUGAUUGAAGACAUCUACAUAUUCGACACGCCAUUCUCAACUACUCCUGUAUACUGUAUCGCAUCAUCCAAGUUUCAGUCGAUAUCGAGAGUUGCUGAAGAGGCCCAUAGUUUAGAGAUCUGUAUCAAGGACAUGCAUCCAGCCCGUUUUCGAGUCGCCUCUGAGAAGGAGAUGGACAUGUGGAUGAGUUUGAAUUUUGAAGCAAUCGAUGUGUUGAAUCGUAUUGGAAUAACAGGUGAACAGCAAUACAAGGAUGCGAUAAUACAGGCAAAGCUGGACGAGUCGGAAACUGAAGUCAAGGAGUCUCAUCUCCAAAAUGUGCAUGUUGUUGACGAGAAGCUUAUUUCGUCAGGACGACGGAGUGUCCUAAUUGGUGUGUUUGGGAAAGUAAAAUUGGUGGUCACACUGGUUGAACCAAUUUGGAGAUCUCUGAGGAUGGAUUCUUCAUUCACUUUUGAUUGUGGUCACGAAAUUUACGUCUGGUACGGCAAAGAUGCAACCAGAGUCUCAAGAGCCAAAGCUGUUGACAUUGCGGGCAAAAUUAGAAAGUUCCGUAAUGACCGGCCGAAAAUCCACAUGGUUGAUAGCGAAGAACCAGACCUCAGUGCCAAAUUCUUUUCAAAGUUGGCAUGUCAAGACUCAUGGACGAAUCUGUUCAUUGAUCACACAGAUCCAGGCUUCUUACGUCGUUGUGCUGCUCACCCUACUCGGAUAUACCGUAUCUUUGAUAGCCGUAUUCGUAAACGUCAGGUCCGAUUAGUAGAAACCUCGGCAUCGGCUCCAUCGAAGUCGGUACUGGAAGAGGGCUCCGUAUUCAUUAUCGAAGCAUGGCAGCAGGUUUAUUGUUGGAUUGGGAGAGGCAGUUCUAACGAACAUCGAACGAGUGGCUGGGCUGUUGCACGAAAAUUGGCUGAAUCUCUGAUAAAUCCUGAAAUUCGUUGGGUUGGUGUGGCGAAAAUUACUAGUGGUCAAGAACCGGAAGUAUUGAAGGAACACUUUGUUGGAUUUGAAGGAACUCUGCCGAUAUCAAUGAGACUUGCCGAACCUCCCAAAGGACGAGUCGCCACAACAACACCUCAACAAGAAAUACCAUUAUCAUCUCUCAUGGAACGGAAAGCUACAGAUCCUGAAUUGCUGGAAUGUGUUGAUGAUGGUAGGAGUAGCACACUUAGUCUCUUUCGAGUACGAGAAGGUGGUGCCGAGCCAGUGUCUUCUGAAGAUUAUGGGACCCUGUACCGUGACGAAUCCUAUAUUAUACUCUACAAAUAUCGCCUAUAUGGUGGUCGGGAACAGUGUCUCAGCUACUUCUGGCAAGGAAGUGCUUCAAGUAUCAUUGAAAAGGGCACAUCUGCGAUGCUUGCAUCUGAAAUGACGAAAGAAUCCGGUAUAGAAGCACGACACGUACGAGUAAUAGACGGAAAAGAGCCACUCCAUUUCUGUAGAGUCUUUCCUUCGAUGACAAUAUGUCGUAAUCGGGAAGUAACUACCAAGAGUCUCUUUGAGAUUAUACCUUGUUAUGGUGGCAAGCACUUCAAGGCUGUAGAGAUUCAACCAGCGGAUUUAGUUGUAGAACCAGGUCGUGCAAUGCUAUUCAAGGAUUUGGGUCUUCUUUGUAUAUCCCCAGACGCUCCGACUGGAAUUCAAGAGUUUUCUCAGACGUUGGCUUCAUCAUUGAAAAUAAAGUCAUUGCAAGUAUUGCAACAAAGUGAUCCAAGAUCGGGCAUACUUGAUUCAUGGCUCAAACAAAAAGCUGUCGCUGCCGAACGAUGGUGUCUUCCAACUGAGACACGCAUAUUUGAUGCUCGACUAUGGAUCUGUUCAAGCAGUACAGGUGUUGUCAAGGUUGAGGAGAUUCGCGACUUUAUUCAAGAAGAUUUAGAGCGCGUAGCAAUACUCGAAUCUCGGUCUAAAGUCUUUAUCCACUUCGGUCUCGAAGCGAGAGCCCAAGAAAAGAUCUUCGCAUUGGAAACUUUUUCCAAAUAUGCAACUCACUACGCCAAACCGAUGGUGGUAACGUUUGCAUACCAAGAACCAGUAGAAUUCACGCGACACUUUCCAGGCUGGACGCAUGAGAAAAUACCAAGUCAUAUCACUACUAGAACGACACGAGUUGAAGACGCUCAAUCAGUACUCAAGGAAUUCAAACGAGACAAGUUUUCCCUGGAAAUACUGCUAUCAGAUCCACCUGAAUACCUGCCCAAGACGAAGCUGGAGUACCAUCUAUAUGACGAUGAGUUUGAAUCCAUGUUUGGAAUGACGAUGGUCGCGUAUCAGAAGCUACCAGAGUGGAAGAGACUUAGGCUCAAGGGUGAUGUCGGGUUCUUUUGA